AUGCCAAUCGAUAAGAGAAAAAUGCCGAAUGUUACUAAUCACUAUACAUGGUUACCAUCGAUGAGUUCUACUAAUACAAUUUAUUUACUUUUAAUAUUUGUUUCACUUAUUUGGAACGCUUACAACACAUAUCAACAUCAAAUUUUAAUUGAAAAGCAAUUGAAAUUAGAAAAUAUUCUUGCAGAAAUAUUACCAUUGACAUCUUCAUUAUCAUCUUUUAAUCAUAUACAAACGGCAACAACAACAACAACAACAAAAACAACAAACAUAUUAUCAGUUGAACAAUGGCUCACAAAAGUUCUUCAUUUGAUUCAACAAUUAACAUUAAAAAAUUUGACAAAUAAUAGCAGUAGUAAUACUAUUGCUAAGCCAUAUAGGAAUGUAGUACGUCAACGACGACAGAUUGAACAGUCACAACAAUCUAAUUGUUUAUGUUCUCCGGGACCUAAAGGCGAAAAAGGCGAUCGUGGUUUUGCUGGAUAUCCGGGUGACACGGGACCUAAAGGUGAACGAGGUUUUCCAGGUUCAAUAGUUUGGAAUGGCUUAAAAGGUGAAAAAGGUGAACCUGGACGCGAUGUAGAAUCAAGUCGUGAAGGAAUGUCAUUAUCAUCAGCGCAAGCCAAGUACAUUCCAGGUCCACCUGGUCCACCAGGAUCUAAAGGUGAUGUGGGUCCGGUUGGACCCAGUGGCAUUGGUGAAACUGGACCACCUGGACAAGAUGGUUUACCCGGCGAGAAGGGUGAAAAAGGUGAUCGAGGACCUAUAAUUCGGCCAAAAGUACGCAGAUUUGUUGUUAUGAAAGGUGAUCCAGGACCACCAGGAAUUAAAGGAGAACGUGGCGAUUUUGUUGUUGGACCUAAAGGUGAUCGUGGUGCUCCUGGUUUACCCGGAAGUCCAGGACUUCCAGGACAAAAUGGUCGUGAUGGUAUAGAUGGACUAAGAGGUGAAAUAGGUUUUCAAGGACCACCGGGAAGAAAAGGAGAUCGUGGUGUAAAAGGUGAACCAGGAUUUAUUCAGAAAGUUGAUUUCAAUUCAACACAUAUCGUCCUAAUGGGUCCACCGGGUCUUCCAGGACCAAAAGGACGAAUUGGUCUUCCUGGUCAACCGGGAUUAGAUGGAGAAAAAGGAGGUCGAGGUGAUCCUGGUCCAAUGGGAAUAAUAGGAUCACAAGGAGAUGGUGAAAAAGGUGAUCAAGGCAAAGGAGAAAAAGGAGAUCGUGGUCCAAUGGGUUUACCUGGUUAUUCAAUGAAUAUACCUGAUAUGCCUAAAAAACGUUCAGCGGGUAAUCGAGGUGAACAAGGUUUACGAAGUCCACCAGGAGAAAAAGGAGAAAAAGGUGAAGAAGGUCGAGAAGGACGACGAGGUUUACGUGGUCGACCAGGUUUACCUGGUCCUGCUGGAAUGGAUGCAUUACCAUGUCCACGUGAAGUUUUAUCUAACUUUGAAAAUGCAUGUCAUUUAUGUUGUAAAAACACAUAA